AUGGAUAACCGGACACGAAGCCAGUCUCCCCGCCGGCGGGACGAUGGCGACCGAUAUCGACCUAAGAAGUCCGGAGGCUUUCGAUGGAAGGAAAAGCGGCGCGACGACGAUGCCCGUGGGGACGAUCGCAAAUUAGAUCGAGGAUAUCGGGACCGAGGAGACCGAGGAGACCGACCAAGAUCCCCACGGAGGGAUCGCGAUGGCGACAGAUACAGAGAUGGCGACCGUGACCGCGACCGUGACCGCCGACGCGAUGACCGAGAGGCACCCCGGGAAGACCGCGAGAAAAAGAAGGAGAAGAAAGAGAAGAAGGAAAAGAAACCCGUCAUGCCCCAGUCAUCAGAGCCUAUGAUUGUCGUUCAUGUCAACGAUCGUCUGGGUACUAAGGCGGCGAUUCCCUGCCUGGCUUCGGAUCCUAUCAAGCUAUUCAAGGCCCAAGUUGCCGCUCGCAUCGGCCGCGAGCCCCACGAGAUCCUUCUCAAACGCCAAGGCGAACGACCCUUCAAGGACCAGUUAACGCUGGAGGACUAUGGCGUGAGUAACGGAGUCCAACUUGAUCUGGAGGUCGGAACUGGCGAUUAA